AUGGCCGACGACGAGGGCGCAUCACCCCGCGAGCUGGUCGUGGAGGCCUGCCGCCGUGACCAAUUCCACCUGAUUGAGCAAGUCCUGGGUGGCAUGGAAGACAAGACAAACGAGCAAGUGGCAGAAUUCUUCAACGGGGUCACAGACUCGAUGGGCAAUUACGCAUUGCACAUCUGUGCCCAGUACGGCAGCUGGGAGACAAUGGACCACCUUUUCGACAUCCAAUACUUCGAAUGCGACCCCAAAACCCGCCUGGAUGAAGACACACCACUGCACAUCGCAGUACGCUACGCCAUCGAAAAAGACCCCGAGGUAGGCGCUCACAUGGUCACAAUGAUGUGUGACGCUGGCUGUGAUCCCCGCGUGCCCAAUAAGCAUGGCCAGAAGCCUGUUGAUCUGGCCUUUAACAACAAUGAGAUUAAGGCGACUCUGCAGCAGGCUGCGUAUAUCAUGGCCGAGGAUCUGCACAAUACCGAUGGGGCUGGGUCAGAUGGUGGGGAGCCCAGUGAUAGUGAUUAG